CGCACCUCUCUGUACAGCAAUGUCAUCCUCAGUUCCAAGCUCCUCCUCAUGUACUCCCACCACAACAAACUCAUCCCACACUCUCUCUCCGUCUUCCUCCACAUGCCGCACAGAAAUAUUUAUUCAUGGAACAUCAUAAUCGGCGAGUUCUCGCGAUCGAGUUUUUCGAAAAGUUCUCUACAACUGUUUGUUACCAUGUUGAGGGAAUCCCAUUUCCGGCCCGAUGAUUUUACGCUUCCUCUUGUUCUUAGAGCCUGCGCUUGUUCAACCGGAGACGCUCGAAUCGGCGGUUCGCUUCAUGGGUUGUGCGUGAAAUCUGGUUUGGAGGUGAACUUGUUCGUCGCUUCGGCUUUGGUGUUCAUGUAUGUAAACUUCGGGAAAAUCUUCAAUGCACGGAAAUUGUUUGAUCGGAUACCCAAAAGAGAUUCAGUUCUGUGGACGACAAUGCUGGCGGGAUAUGCUCAACAGGGGGAACCAUUGUUAGGGUUCCAAGUUUUUAAAGACAUGGUCGAGUUUGGAGUUGAACUCGACUGGGUUGUAAUGGUGAGUUUACUUUUAUUGUGUGCUCAAAUGGGUUGGUUAAAACAUGGAAGAACCAUCCAUGGAUGGUGUAUAAGAAAAUAUUUGAAUCUGGGUUUAAAUCUAGGAAACGCCAUAAUCGAUAUGUACAUCAAAUGCGGGACCUUAAAUCACGCCCACAACCUGUUCGACAAAAUGCCAGAACGAGAUAUAAUCUCCUGGAGCUCACUAAUUUCAGGCUACGGACUCAGUGGGAACGUCAACUUAGCGUUAAGUCUCUUCAACACAAUGCUUGAAAACCGAGUUAAACCCAACGGGGUCACAUUUCUGGGAGUUCUCUCAGCAUGUGCGCAUGGCGGGUUGGUGGAAAAAGCACGCGGGUAUUUCAAAAUGAUGGAGAAAUACGGGGUGGUGGCUGAGUUGAAACACUGUGCGGCCAUGGUUGAUUGCUUGGCUCGAGCGGGGAUGGUGGAAGAAGCUGAGAGAUUUGUUAGAGAAAUGGAGAUUGAACCGGAUGAAGCUGUUCUUUGUGCGAUUUUGAAUGGGUGUUUUGUGCAUGGGAAUGUGGAAGUUGGUGAGCGAAUUAUCGAAAACUGGAUUAAAGUGAACUAA